UGGCCUCUCCGGAGCAUACCACUCUGUGGCUGGGAAGGGGAAGAUCCGGGAACCUGCUUCUGUGUCACAUGGCUGUCUCUUCACAAGUGUGCCGCCGCGAGUGUAUGCAUCCCUAACACAGAAGGAUCCCGAUUCCGUGAGUGGCAUUCACACUUGGAGAGGGUGACACAGAGGAUCCCCAGCCUUUGUAGAGAUGAUAAGAUUGGUGCUGGGAACUGGCCCACCAUUAGGAUGCUCUUUUUUGAUGCUUCUGAUGGUGUUGGUGGCUUUACUGGGGUCUUGCAGUGAUCUCGAGCUACAUUUGGAUACAUUACAGAAUGUUUGGGAUGGACAUCGGCUGCUCACACAUGUUUUGUGUGCCCCUGAUAAACUGCUCCUGUUAUUAUCUCUACUCCUCUUCCUUGUUCUGUAUUGGCGGCUGGAGAAACAUCUUGGCACAGUGUAUUUUUUGUAUUUUUCCUGUCUAUGUACACUGUGCUGUGCCACCCUCUACCUUUUCAUUUCCUUGCUGCUUCCUGUGUCAGUUACUCCUGCCUCUGGAUACCUUGCUACUCAGAUAUCACUGCUGAUGGGCCAGCGGACAGCUAUUCCUUGGCGACUUGGCAAAAGGCUGAUGCCUUUGCUACUAUGUGGAAUCCUAAUAGCGACCCAGGUGCUGUGGCCACAGUCUCCUCUUCUGCUCCAUAUCUGCGGAGUAAUCAGUGGAUUCGCCGGUCGUGCUGGAUUACUUCGUUACCUAGACCUUCCAGAUACCAGGAGACAUGCACUGGAUAGAAUGUACUUUUGUCACUGCUUGACAUCUUUUCCUCUGGCACAGUUUAUACCAACUCUGGAAGAAGGUACUAGGGUGUAUGAUAUGGAUUCCAGAGCACAAGAACGACUUCCAUUCUCCUACACGGAUUUGUACAAAUCAACCCCCUUUACUGAUAUGUCCAUGGUGGAGGUAAACACACAAAAUUCAGACCCUGCCCAUUUGAGAGAUACUUCUGCCUGGUUUGGAGACCCAGGAAUGCUGGAACAUGAGAUGUUAGAAGCUGGUAUUCUAGCUUCUCUGAGGGAUUAUGAACAAGAAGAAACACACAAACAUGAGCUAACCUUGAACAAAUCCAGUGUGUCAGCACUUAGACUCCAGCAGCUGGAACGAAUGGGAUUUCCCACAGGACCUGCAGUUGUUGCAUUAGCAGCCACAGGAAAGGUGGAGCGAGCAGUGUCCCUUCUUGUGGAAGGAGAGAUUGGUAGAGAUAUUACAGUGGCCAGUAACAGGCAGACAUCUCAUGGACAUCUAAGCUCCUCUGACUACGGGCACAUAAACCUCUGAUACAUUAGCUCAUGGUGCUAUCUACAAAUCUCCAAUAAGAGAGAGCAUUACAAAUACUGUACUUUACCAGUGUUGCUUGAAGAGCAAUAUACUAAUGAUAGUGGAGCAAUUUUUGGCAGUACAUGCUGGCUGGUAGAGCAGCCCACACAAAGACAAGAAAAUGAUGACAAACACAAUGGAUUGUCAAGAACAUUCCAAAACCAGAACAUGUUUCCUGGAUAUAAUCCUUAUGUCUCAGGAUCUGAUAUAGGGAUUUUCCAACAGAAACUCAAUAAAAAAAAGUUUUAUUUAUUUAUACAAA